AUGCAGUUUAUCGGACGGUGGACAUCAACGGCCAACCAAUUAAGACGAGAUGCUGCCUUUCCAGGCUCAUACUUGGAGCUGACCGUCACCGGUACUACCUCGAUGUUUUUCUCCCUCAACAAUGCAAAGCCUGUCCCCAAAAUAGCCACAGAGAGUGUUGAAAAUCAAGAGCCCCGCCACUCGAACCUACGGGCUGCCGGAAACCAAGGGAAGCUCUCUGACCAGGUCAGCUUGAUGUUCGAGCUCAAUGGCGAGAAAAUCAUGACCGCUGUCAGUGCUAGGGGCAUCGGCCAGGUCGCGGAUGAUCUUGAUCCUAGGAAGAAAUACAAGCUCAGAGUGACACACAUGGGCGGCCCUAAUUCUACCGAAGGCGUCCUCGAAUUCGAUGGCAUUUGGGUUGACAAGCCGACGGUAGAGGAUGGUGAAUUAUCGCACGACGACGAACCAUCCAGCCCUACCUACAAGACCACAGGAGGAGUCAUCCUGGACCCAGCAGUCAUUGACGAGCAUGCCAAAUCCGACAUCAAAAGAGACAAGACCGGACCAGCUGAGAAGAGAAGAGUCGUUGAGAUACUCACUUCCGAAACAGUAGUCUGCCCCAUCUCGAAAGACGAGACAGGACCAACACUUGAGUGCAGAGUCGGUGUUUGGUACAACCAACUACGUGCCUCUCGCGCCGUGGACACUGUCACCAUACCGACGAUGGACCUGAGCCUGCUAGCCUCUAACGAGCCAGCGAUCACCAUCCAAGACCUCUUCUUCCGAUCCGGACCGCCAGGCACAGACCAUUUUCUUCGUCCAUGGUCUUUCAAAUCCUACACUCCUUCCGUCCUCGUUCUCCAGCUCGGCUUGACCGACUUUAUGACAUUCUUCUCGGAGAAGAAGAACCGGAACGACCACGCCCGCGAACAGUUCAUCAACGACUUCGUCACGGCCUACGUCAAACUCAUCCAGACGAUCAGACGAACCGCCUACCCGUUCGACUCGACCGCCCUAACGUCAAACGUACGAAUUGGUUUCGAACACGAUGACACGUACAUCCACAAUUCGGCGCCAUCGACGUUACCUAUCUUCGUCAUCUCUCCGUUCACUGCAGCACGACGCUUCAUCACCAAGAAGACUCGCAUGGAUCGAGUUAUCAACGACGCUCUUCAGCGUGUAGUGGGCAUCCUCCAAGGUGACGGCGACAAGUCGACGUUUUGGAUCGAUACCACGGGCUGGCUGAAACAUAAGGAAGAUUUUGACGUGCACGGUGGCGACUGUCCUCUCAAUCAGGGCAACCGAUCGCAUCAGUUGCUGAAACAUUCUUCCGGUCGCAAAGUAGCGUCGUUGCUGUGGGGUCACAUUUGUCCGUACGUUGAGCGCAACAAUGGAGAUGAUGGCGGCGAAGCCAAAGAGUGUCCGUUUGAGCAAUACGACAAUUACUUGGGCAACGUUUACCUUCCUCAGAACGUUGAAGUGGAUAGAGCAGUGCUGGAACGCAAGAUUGCCACGAUUAAGCAGAGAUUCAAGAUUGAGGGGCCUGGACUGGAUUCGCAGUCAGCCGAAGCUGCGUGA